AUGCCGAAGCAGAUCCACGAGAUCAAGGACUUCCUUCUCACCGCGAGGAGGAAGGAUGCCCGUUCAGUGAAGAUCAAGAGGAGCAAGGAUGUUGUCAAGUUCAAGGUGCGCUGCUCCAAGUACUUGUACACCCUCUGCGUCUUUGAUGCUGAGAAGGCAAACAAGUUGAAGCAAUCUCUUCCCCCAGGUUUGAGUGUCCAGGAGGUUUGA